GGCGAGAAAGACAGAAGAGGAACUCGGAGGUGCAUGUGUGACUGCGAGGAGGUCUGAACAUGAACAAAAGGAAACUCAGUUUUAAAUGGUUCGGGAGCCUCACCAAUCUCUCAACACGCCGGCCAUCAGAAAAGGCCGACAGCAAAGCAGCCCCAGAGCAUGAUGGGAAACAUUACAGUGUUGAAUCAGCUGUGGGGAACCACCAGUCUGUGGAUGACAUGGAGCCCGGCCCCCUCAGCCCCAGCUACGCCUGCUCCAACCAAAUGUACACACAUGUGGGCACGGUGCCCCGCAGCCAGAGGCAGACCAAGAGCUGCCGGGGGCUGAAGAAGAAGAAAGAGGAGGAGGAGGGGCAGUGGACGGCGGGGGACCACGUCAGAGAUUCUCCUCUGCUCAAUGCCCUCUCCAGCCUCAGCCUGACCAGCUUGGACCGACCCCAACCUGGGUCUGCAUCAACCCGACCACUGCCCGCUACACCCACACCGGCGUGGGCAUCAGCACCUGAAACCUGCCAGGAUAAGAGCUACGAUGAUUUAACCAGGAGCUGUGGGCCUUCAGAAACUGGAGAGUCUCCUACCAUGGCAGCCAGCAUCCCCAAAGUGGUCUCUCCUCAGGACCUGUACGUCCCCAUGGACCCGAUAGCUGAAGCAGGUCGCAGCCACGUGGACGAGGCGACGGACAAACAGAGAGGCAUCAUGGGUAAACCGGAAACUACCAAGGGGUUACAGGAAGUCAAUAAAAGAGACAGUCAGCAGGAUGUGACAGAGGGCAGUGGAGAGUAUGUGAAGUUCUCCAAAGAAAAGUUCUGGUUGGAGCCGCCGACGGAGAAACUGAGGAAGCAGCUGGAGGAGGAGCUGAAGCUGAGCGGCAGCAACCUGAAGAGCCACGCCUGGUACCACGGACCAAUCCCCUGGGAGGUGUCAGAGAGCCUCGUUGGUGACCAUGGAGACUUCCUCAUCAGAGACUCUCAGUCCAGUCCAGGUGACUUCGUCCUCACCAGCCACUGGGAGCAGAAAACUGUCCACUUCCUGAUCAGGAGGACGGUGCUUCAGUCCAGCGAGACCUACACCAGGGUCCAGUUCAGCCUGGAGGGCGAGGCCUUUGACUCCCUGCCCGCUCUCGUGCACUUCUACGUGGGCAGCCGGGCCUCACUGACCCGGUGGAGCGGAGCCCAGAUCCACCGGCCCGUCAACAGGACUCUUCCUCUCAGCUACCUGGAGACGGCUUUCUGCACCGCCGUCGGCACGCCGUCCAGCCAAACGGGGCAGCAGAACGUGGAGGAGAGGGUCUGUCCCAGAAGUCCUUCCUCUCUUCACCACCACCGGGGGGCAGACGUGAGCAGGGAGCGGUCCUCUCUUCACCACCACCGGGGGGCAGACGUGAGCAGGGAGCAGUCCUCUCUUCACCACCACCGGGGGGCAGACGUGAGCAGGGAGCAGUCCUCUCUUCACCACCACCGGGGGGCAGACUUGAGCAGGGAGCAGAGCCACCGCCCAGGGCCGACUGCAGGAGAAUCCUCUCUCUCUACUCCACUCAGCACGCCUCUGUCCAGAAGUCCCUGCAGUAGCCGUGCAGGCAGCGUGGCUUCCUCCCCGUCCAUUUCCAGGCGCUUAGACGCCAUCCGAGCCCUGCCCUCUCCUAACAGCACCCUCCACAGGCCGCUCAGCGACAGAGACCAGCCUCCUCUGAACGAGGACUCCCCAUCCUCUGAUGGGAGCUGCUACACGGAGCUGUACCCCGGCCCUCAGAGCUACGUGGAGAGGCUGCGGGUGGAGGAGGGGUCGGCGCCCAUCGACCCUCCGAGGGUGGAGGAUGGGAGCGUGUACUUCUCACCCGUGGUGGAGAACGUCUCAGCUUUCAAACCCAGCCAGUACCGGUCCCAGCUGAUGCCCAAAGACAACAAGCCUCUGGAGGUCUCCAUCCUGCGGAGGGUGAAGGAGCUGUUGGCUGAGGUCGACCCCAGGACGGCAGCCAAACACAUCACCAAGGCUGACUGCACGGUGGCCAGAAUUCUGGAAGUGACUGACGAGGUGAAAAGGAUGAUGGGAGUUACCUCAGGGAUGGAGCUGCUUACAUUGCCGCACGGUCAGCAGCUGAGGCUCGACCUGCUGGAGAGGUUCCACACCAUGGCCACCAUGUUGGCUGUGGACAUUUUGGGCUGCACCGGGUCAACGGAGGAGCGAGCCGGCCUCCUGCACAAAAUCAUCCAGAUCGCUGCCGAGCUGAAGAGCACCAUGGGAAAUAUGUUCGGCUUCGCUGCUGUCAUGAGAGCUUUGGAGCUGCCGCAGGUGUCCCGUCUGGAACAGACCUGGACUACGUUAAGGCAGCGGCACACAGAGGGCGCUAUUCUCUAUGACAAAACUCUGAGACCGUUCAUGAAGAGUCUGAAUGACGGGAGAGAGAGCUGCCAACUCCCCAGCACCACCUUCCCCCACGUCCUCCCCCUCCUGUCUCUGCUGGAGAAGAGCGUGGCGGUGGGCGAGGGGACAGAGCCGUGGGAGACGGUGGAAGUCGGGGUGGACGUGGUGAUGUUCCACCUGGGGGCGGCGAGGACGAUCGCUCAGCUUGCGGGAAUCUACGGCACCAACGCUGAGAGUAAACUACAGGGUUUCCAGGAGCAGCCGGAGGUCAUGGAGCUCUUCCUCACUGACUUCCAGAUGAGGCUGCUGUGGGGGAGCAGGGGAGCCGAGGAGAGCCAGGCUCGGCGGUACGCCAAGUUUGACCAGGUGCUGACAGCCCUGUCCAACAAGCUGGAGCCUCCUGUCAGACUGCGCUGACCUCAGAAUCGCUUUUAUGACUGUGUUUACCCAGGAUCUUAAUCCUACACCAGACAGUUUGAUGGCCACUAGUCAGUCGGCCAUCUGACGUCAGAUUUUAAAAAGGGAGAGGCGGCUGAGCCAUGUAGAGACGAAUCUAAACCAAAAACUGUGGAGUGGACUGCGGCACCUUUACUGGUUUCUGAAGCUCGUUUCUGGUCCAUCAUCAGCAGGUUGAUAAGUUCUAUAAAAGACUUAAAGAUUAUGGGAGAUUCUGUAGAUGCAGAUGAUGAGUGCAGCCACUUUAAGGACAAAAACUCAAAGAACCUGUCAGAUAUUCAGCUUAAUUUUUCAUUUGGAUUUUUAUAUCUAAGGCCAUGUUUACACAACCAUCAAUACAGCUUAAAACAGCAUCCUUUAGUUCAGGGGUGUCAAACUCAACCACAGCAGGGGCCGGAUUCUGAAUUUGGGUCUAACCUGAGGGCCUACCAGGGUCAAUAUUUAACCAUUGAGUGUCAACCUAAAUGAUUUUGAGAUUAAAAGGU